GUGCCUAAAUAGUUUUGAGAAGUGACUUUUUGGCAGCAAACCCUUUCUAACAAUGGAUUUCAAGACUCGAACCAAACCCUAGGCACUAGUUAUACACACUCCAUGUCAUUAAGAUUUUAAUUGGCUAUUCUUGUUUCACAAUGCUUCCUAAUGGCAAAAAACAUGCUUGUGAUCAAAGUGUAUCUCUGGAUUUACUAACUAGUAGCCUUCCCGAGAACGUUAUCGAUGAUAUUCUUAUAUGUUUGCCUUUACGAGAUGCCGUGAGGACAAGCAUCUUAUCUACAAAAUGGAGAUAUAAAUGGUGCAGAAUUCCUCAGUUGAAUCUCGACCCAACACUUUGGGGAACAGCAAAGGACGUGACUCUUAUAACUAAAUUUACUAACAUUAUGUGUCAUCUUUUUGCUUCUCAUGUUGGAUCAAUUACUAAGGUUAUCCUCGAGAAUUAUUAUCUUGGAGAUUGUCCCGUGAUUGACAAGUUGAUAUAUUUCCUCUCUAGGAAUAGUGUUCAACAUCUUGAUUUUUCAUUCGACCUAUGUAACCCGCCCAAAUUGCCUUCUUCAAUUUUCAAUUGUUCUCAAUUGAUGCAUCUGUCUCUCAGAGAUUGUUCAAUACAGUUUGCUCCACCAGCCUUCAAAGGUUUUGAUAGGUUAAUUACCCUGGAAUUAUGUCGCAUCACAAUAUCUUCCAAAUUACUUGAAAGUUUUAUCUCUAGUUGUCCAUUGCUCGAUAAGUUAGGGUUGCAUGAGACUAUUCACUCUGGUGUCAUUGAAAUUAAUGCUCCCAUGCUGCGAGCCUUUGACUUCACUGAAGGAGAAGGGUCUAUAAUUUUAAAAAGUGUCCCUCGUCUUGUAAAACUUUCACUUUGUUAUUUGUUUUAUUAUGCGGACACAAGAAAUUGUUUUGACUCUUUCUAUUAUCUCGAACAUCUUGACUUGAAAUGCGAAAGUCUCAAGCUCUUGUCUGCUGCAGCAAGUGAAGUACCAAUAAGGCUUCCGUUUGAUCUUAACUGUCUCAAGCAUCUUCGCCUUGACGAGAUUUGUUUCGCUAAAUUGGAAGUCCUCUCGUUUGUUCUUUUCUUGAUUAGAAGUUCUCAGCAUUUGCAAUAUUUGGAAAUUGAGAUUGGUCACCCAGUUCAUGAUGAUAGUCCAGAACAACAGUGUCUUAAAUUGGAAGCUUUCUCAGAUGUGACAUUUAAUCACCUUAAGAAAGUUAAGCUAAGAGGUAUUAUAGGCUCAAACCGUGAGAUGCAGCUUAUCAAGCUUCUAUUGGCCAAGUCUCCCGUGCUAAGGACAAUGCUAAUCGAGACCUUUUCUAGUUAUAAGGAAGCCAGUGAAAAAAACAAAAACAAAAUCCCUAUUGUGUUAAAUUCGUUUCGGCGUGCAUCACCUAAAGUAGAAGUUGUUUAUGAUUGUCAUGUUGAUUAA